UGCACGGCAGGCGGCGCCCAGCCCGGCCUGUGCGGUCCUGCGGCGGACAGGGCCUGUUUGAGCCCGUGUCAGGAGGGUGGACGCUCGCAGCUCCGCCUCCGAGUGACCGCCGCCUGUGUGAACUCUGCGCUCGCCGUCUCCGAGUGACCGCCGCCUGUGUGAACUCUGCGCUCGCUAUCUCCGAGUGACCGCCGCCUGUGCCCUGAGCUGUGACCCGGCCCGCUUGGCGCCGGUGGUGGCAGGGUGGCGUGAGCUGUGUCUGGAGGCCCGCUCCCAGACAGGAGCGGACACGGACAGCUGAGCUCUCGUGCUACCUCCAGUGACCUGGGACCGGUGCCGGAGGGUUGGGCCGCUGUUGGGCUCCUCAGGCUUUUUGCCCUGGAGUGGACGGUGGCCAGCGCCACUGCAUUGGCCUUUGACCCGACGCUAUAGUCCGGGGUGAGGUGCGACCGGUGUCAGCGGGCCCACCUGUGAAGCACGGGCGGCACCAGUGGGCUGGAGUGACCCGUGACCAGCUCGGACCGGUCGACCCGUGACCUGAGCAGGGCCUGACAUGUCGGCGUCGAACCGGACGGAGCGGCCGCGGCCCGAGCGCAGACGUCAGCACAAGCUGCGCGCCGAGCUCAGCCAGUGCUGCUACAGGGACCCGCAGCGCGGUCUGCAGCUGUUCCUCUGCUCCCAGUUCUCCACCAACGGCACGGCCGCCCAGGUGAUCGGCGGGGCCUACUGCUGCAAGCCGUCGCGGGACCAGGCCUACUGCUGCACCAAGCAGGAGUUUAUGGAGGGCAUCGGCAAUGGCAACGAGGCCCAACCGCGCUGUGGCCGCUGGGGCGGCGGCAGGCGGUUUCAUCGGCGACAUAUGGUACCACGAGUGGCACUGACCGUAGGCUCCGUCCUGCUCCUGAUCAUCAUCGCCAUCAUCAUCUACUUCUGUUUGAAGAAGAAGCUGCUGAGCAAGAAGCGAGAGGGCCGGGUACACGGCUGGCUGGUGCCCAACGGAGGGACCAGGCCGGAGUCGAUGCUCCCAGCAGGUGCAGCAGUCACACCCAGCGGCCUCAUCACGCCAUACCAGCAGACGACCGGGGUGUACAGCCUGCCGGCCAGCAACCACCCGGUGCAGUACAUUGGCGGAUCUCAGUGUCCGCUGCGCGAGUACGGCCCGCUGCAGCCGGCCUACCCGGGCCGCCAGUUCGGCAACGUGCCGCCGGCCGCCCUGCCCGGGGUCACGGAGGUCAGGUGAAGCCCGGCCCGGGGGCGCCGCCGUCAGCUGCAGACGGCCGCGACUCGGCCACAGCUCUUCCUAUGAGCGGAGCUCGGCCGAGUUUGUCGUUUUCGAGUGCCUUAAACACAUGCCUUUGUCUUGCCAACAGCAGCGGACUCGGCGCUGUUUCGUGCGUGGCCUGUACGGUCCGCCAGAGCCUAGCUGGAUGGAUGGCAGGCAGCCGGGAAGUGCCGGAUCCCGGGCCCUCCCACACAGUUGAUACGUUACGACGAUGCGUCGAUACAGGAUAUACGUACUUGUCAAUCUCUAUAUUGCACCUGCAGUAUUUACCACCUACUGUAAAUGCACGGGCGGCCGCAAGAAAUGUGUUGUUUCAGUCGGGUUUUAUAUAUUGUGUUUGGGGAGCGUCGCGCGAAAACAGCUGGAAGAGGUGCAGGACUGAUGAAGAAGCAAUACUCAAAUAUAUUUUGAAGGAAUGUGUAACUCCUGAGCUCGCUUUUGACAUAUC